AGCUGUGGAUACUGAACCUUCAGUUUACUUUUGUUUUGCAAGCUGACAGAGAUAAUUAUCCCGACUGAACUGAACUUUACGCAAGAAAAGCAACAACAAGCUAUUCACAAGACCUCAGAGUAUUUCUGUUUGCGCACACCUUGUAGCCAAUAAACAGCUUUGCUUUCUAUAUUAUAUUUACAUGAAAAGAUGGCAAAAGAGGCAUUGUUUGCUGUGAUCCUGGGUCUGUGGCUCCUCUGCAGUCCUGUGAAAUGCUGGAGCAGCGACGGAUUUCAGGGCACUAAACUCAUCCCCAACUCCUGGGAGCAGACCGCACAGCCUGCGCCGAGCUGGUCCUCUGCGGGAACGUCUGCGCAUGCGCCGGCGCAGGAGGCUCUUGACUCCAGCCAGGAGGCCCUCCAUGUGACCGAGCGCCACUACCUGAAGCGGGACUGGUGUAAGGCGCAGCCGCUGAAGCAGACGCUGGAGGAGGAGGGAUGCAUCAGCCGGACCAUCAUCAACAGCUUCUGCUAUGGCCAGUGCAACUCCUUUUAUAUCCCGCGGCAUGUCUACCAAGAAGAAAGCGCCUUCCAGUCCUGCUCCUUCUGCAAACCCAAAACAUUCACGGCCGUCACUUACACACUGAUCUGCCCGGGUCAGACCCCGAGAAUCAAACGGAAACGCGUGAGGCGCGUCAAACAGUGCCGCUGCACUUCCAUAGACUUGGAUUAACACCAAUCAGAUAUAUAUAUAUAAUUUUUUUUUUUGGGGGGUGUGUGUAUUUUUCUUUUCCAUAUGGCUGAUUAUAACACUACAGACACACAUUUUAGUUAUACAUUCUCAGAAAAACAACUAAACUUUCUUGAUGAUAUUGGGUGGGGCCCUUGAGUCCCUCUUUUGUACCUUUAAAGGGGAACUGAAGUCAUUUUUACGUGUCGCCUCACAGCAAGAAGGUCCGGGUUCGAGCCCCGUGGCCGGCGAGGGCCUUUCUGUGCGGAGUUUGCAUGUUCUCUCCGUGUCCGCGUGGGUUUCCUCCGGGUUCUCCGGUUUCCCCGACAGUCCAAAGACAUGCAGGUUAGGUUAACUGGUGACUCUAAAUUGACCGUAGGUGUGAAUGUGAGUGUGAAUGGUUGUCUAUGUCUAUGUGUCAGCCCUGUGAUGACCUGGCGACUUGUCCAGGGUGUACCCCGCCUUUCGGCCGUAGUCAGCUGGGAUAGGCUCGUAUUGGCAACUAUCCAUCCAUCCAUCCAUCCAUCCAUCCAUCCAUCCAUUAUCUCUAGUCGCUUAUCCUGUUCUACAGGCAAGCUGGAGUCUAUCCCAGCUGACUAUGGGGUGCACCCUGGACAAGUCACCUAGACAAUUUAGAGCCACCAAGCUGCAUGUCUUUGGACUGUAGGGGAAUUCAGAGCACCCGGAGAGCAUGCAAACUCCACACAGAAAGGCCCUCGUUGGCCGCUGGGCUCGAACCCAGGACCUUCUUGCUGCGAGGCGACAGUGCUAACCACUACACCACCGUGCCGGUAUUGACAUCCAUCCAUCCAUUAUCCGUAGCCGCUUAUCCUGUUCUACAGGGUCGCAGGCAAGCUGGAGCCUAUCCCAGCUGACUAUGGGCGAGAGGCGGGAUACACCCUGGACAAGUCACCAGGUCAUCGCAGGGCUGACACACAGAGACAACCAUUCACACUCACAUUCACACCUACGGUCAAUUUAGAGUCACCAGUUAACCUAACCUGCAUGUCUUUGGACUGUGGGGGAAACCGGAGCACCCGGAGGAAACCCAUGUAGACACAGCGAGAACACGCAAACUCCACACAGAAAGGCCCUCGUCGGCCGCUGGGCUCAAAUCCAGGACCUUCUUGCUGUGAGGUGACCGUGCUAACCACUACACCACCGUACCGGUAUUGGCAACUAAUUGCAAUUAAAUAUUAUACUUAUCGGCCUUUUCGGUUUUUUGCCAUGUUGAAUGUAGUUCGUUUGGUCCACGGCAGGCGUCACUUAUCCACACGAUCUUCACGAGACUUGUGCGAGACUUCAAAUGUGAAGUAUCAGCGCCGCCAUUUUGAAAACUGUUUACACAGCGGCCAGAUCGCCGCCAUAUUCCAAUUUAGAUUAAUUUUGAGAUUUGCCAGCUUCAUCAGUGAUGGAGAUUAUUCCAUACGACUUUGAACCAUUGGUUAAAUGGAAAAAAAAAAACGCUUUCGGACACUACUCCGUGCCAGAUCAGUCGGCUGGUGGGUUUUCAAAAUAAUAAAUACAUGCAUGUAUUUCUGUGAUAAAUCCAUAUUAUACUGAGCGUAUUUUCCACAUUCAUCAAUACAAAGUAGCUGCAUCUUUCAGGUUUUUUUUUAAAUCAAGGCUGAAUACUUUCUUCUUUGCCGCUGCCUUUUUUUAUAUCAAAUUUGAGGCUUUUAAUUUGAUUUCUUUCAGUGCGACCGCAAUGCAUGAUGGGAUAUAUUGCUUUGGUUAGUGACCAUCGGUUGUACACUACUUUUCGUGAUGCAUUGUGGGAUACUUUGAGUGCACUAUAUAGGGUGUAAAUAAUCCUCACUAAGGUUUCAGACAGCACUAUAAAAUAAAAUGGCGUUCUCACUAUAUAGUGAGUAGGGUGCGAUUUCGGACAUGGAAAACUUCCGGCUUGAUUACGUCAGUAUUUGAAAGAGGACGCAUGCAUCUUUUGACAACGUUGGCAGAUGUUGGUCACUGUGAUUUCCGCUGUACGUUUUACUUCCGUCCUACGAUGUCUUGCACAGGUCUCAACAAAUCUCGUUUAUGGCCAUUGCUUUGACAUAUGGACUGAUAUAUUCCAUAGCAUAUUUCACACACUCAUAACUUGCUAUAGCAGCGACAAAAUAGCGAUAAAAAAUGCGUUCCUAUAUUUAAUAAAAUGAGAAAUAGAAUUUUGAUAAUAAAAAAUUUGCCUUCAGUUCCCCUUUAAUAUGUAUCUUGAAACAUAUACAGUAGUGUAGGGGAAAGCGAUGAGACUUGGGACAAGUUUUCAGCUUUUGUAGAUUGUGUGAAAUUACAGUAUUUGUCACAUUCAUAUUGCAUUAGAGAGUGUUUACUAUACCCUCUUACCCCAGCAUUAGUUUCUUAGCUUGUCACAUAUACUGACCUUCAGACUUCACUUUGUCUGUCAUUAUUUUUUUUUUUUACAGGGAGACAUGAAACAUUGAGGAGAGACAUGGGACAUUAUACUGUAUUGGGAGACUUGGAACAAAAACGAAAUACCUAGACCUACAUGUUUAAUUUUUAUCUAUUAUCAAAACUUGUAACAUAUGAACACACAUACAGUGUUGGUACGGCAAUAGAAAAAUGUCAGUUUACUCAAAACCUGACUCGACUAAACAAUUCCACUCUCAAGAAGGAAUGAAAUAAGUUGAAUCCUCAUGCAGGUACACGCUCACAUUUUUAACGAAUAUUUUUAAACAAUUUUAUAUUUGUAAACCAUAAGAAAAAACUUCUAACAGGAUGAACUGUCCCAAUUCUCCUCAUCUGGCCAUUUUGAAAAAAUAAAAAUAAAAAUCUGCAAUGUUUUCCCCCAGAAUUUAAGUUUAAUAAAUAAUAAUAAUCUACUAUAUAUGGUAACUCUAGGGUACGUACUUUAAUUCCUAACAAAUCCCAAAUUCACGAGCGUACAUUACACUAUAGAAUGGAGGUGGACUGAAGUAGAAAAUACUGUACAAUUUUUGGUUGACAAAAAUAUUGAACUGCACAAACCUUACUGCAGUGUCCGACUUCAUGGCUGAAAACGAAGUCGGUUACUCUCAGGGGCAACAUCUAACUUCUGAUGUAAUCUCAAACCUGAUUGGUUGAAAUUAAUUUAUGGGAAUACAAACUAUCCCGUCUCCCAGCUCUCUCCUACUGUUAUGGUGUAUAGUUGAGUAAUGAUAUUAACUAUUUAUAAACCUCAUCUCAUUAUCUCUAGCUGCUUGAUCCUGUUCUACAGGGUCGCAGGCAAGCUGGAGCCUAUCCCAGCUGACUACGGGCGAAAGGCGGGGGACACCCUGGACAAGUCAUCACAUUCACAACCAUUCACACUCACAUUCACACCUACGGUCAAUUUAGAGUCACCAGUUAACCUAACCUGCAUGUCUUUGGACUGUGGGGGAAACCGGAGCACCCGGAGGAAACCCACGCGGACAACAUACAAACUCCGCACAGAAAGGCCCUCGCCGGCCACGGGGCUCGAACCCGGACCUUCUUGCUGUGAGGCGACAGCGCUAACCACUACACCACCGUGCCACCCAUUUAUAAACCUUAUGCUCAUAAUUUUAGAGUAAAAUUUCACACUCCAUGCACUUUUCUAGGUACAAGAUACACACUAAAAGUACAAAUGGCGCACUCUUGAGCAUACCACACCAGUGAAAAGGAAAGGUACAGUUUAGUAACCCUUUUUUUUCUGAUUGUACAAGUAAAGAUCAAAUUGUGGAAAAAUACUUACUGACUGUUCAUAACACAAGCUAUUAAUUUAACCAGUAUAUGAAGUCAUCAGUAUUAGUGUAUUUUAUAAAAUUACCACCAUUGUGUAUCAUGGGGGUCUAUUAGAGCCCCUGUCUCAGGCCUCACAUUAUUCUGAUCCCUGUACAAAUGCAGCCUCUGUGGGCUCUUUUGCAAUUUUUUUUUUUUUUUGAAAAUGCAAAAGUCUGUUCCAGGUCCCUUGAGAAGGAAGCCCUAGGUAUUCUGUUCCAUUCCUCCCCCUGCUGGGAUGCCCUUAUCCCACUGCAGCUACUGCCAUUUCUGCUCAGUUUUCUUAAAUGGUAAAUAAUAACGCCAUAGCUGGCAUGAAUUCAGUGGUCUGCUUCUCGAACAAACCGUAAGAUUUGUAUUUUCUUGAAUGAAAAUCUAUGGUGAGUUUUGCAAUGCAUGUUCUGCCUACUGUUGCACAGCUGUGGCUUUUAAUCACACAGAUGUGGGCCAUGUUUUGUGUGCAAUCUUUAUUUCAUCAAAUGUAAAUGUAGGCUAUGGUAUUUCAACAAUCAGUGAAAAAUCCUGUCAGUCUCCACUAUGUGGAUGAAGGCUUCCUGAAUGAUGAAAAAAAAAAGCGCUUCAUUUGUGUAUAUAAUGUAUUUUAAUUAUUCUGAAUGCCGGAAAAUCGAAAUGUAUUUUAAUUUUUAAUUAAUAUGCAUAUUUAUUGCCUUCAGUUUUGUAUUUGAAUUUCUAAACUCAAGCUCUCGUUGCUACUAAAAUCUGAUUCAUCCUUUCCAAACAGCAUCUUUAAAUGAAAAGAAAAUUAUCCACUUUCAAAUGUUUAUGUACAGUAUCAUGGACUAUGAAUUUUUAUGCUGUGAUUAUUAUAUUUCUGUGUUUUAUCCGUCAAUACACAUAUUUCAAAAGAAUACAGUAUACUCAACAUGCAAAAUAAAGAUAUCUUUUGUUAGCUGUAGCAAUUUGUGGGUGUGUUGUGGGGAAUUUGAUCAAGUGAGACUGGAGAAAGUUCCUGGCGAGAGUGUCCUGAGGU